AUUUGGUUUUGUUCUUUUGCUUAUUUUGUGUUUUCUAUGUGUAUUUUCUGAGUUGAUUAAGUGGUUUUCGUGUUGAUUAUUUUCGAGAUUAGAUCUGCAGUUGGCUUGUAUGUGAUUUGGCUCGAAUUGCUUUUUCUCUAGAAAUUCUUUACUCUUUUUAAUCUAUGUCCCUUUCUGUUAGUUGGCUUAGGAGAUCUCGGCUUUGUUGUUUAGUAUAUUCGAGAUUAGUUUCCAUGUUAUGUGAUGAAACCCAGAUCUGGGUUUGCGAAAAACCCAGAUUUGGGUUUGAAAGAGGAAGAAGAAAGGAGAAGAGAGAGAGAGAGAAAGAAUAAGAAGAAGGAUGAAGGAUGAGCAAGGAAAGGAAAGGAGGAAGAAGAUGAAGUUUACGAGAGAACCCAAAUCUGGGUUUGCAGAGGCAAGGGAAAAGGAAAGAUCUGUCCUCAAGCUUUUGUACAAUGAGCACUUAGAUCUCAAAACUCAAGAUUCAUUCAUUUAGGUCCCAAAGAGGUGCCCUUCUUCUUGCAAUUCAGUCCCUCAACUUUCAAAAAAUGUUCAAUUAAUCU